CCGAGAAUUGGGCUCUGUUGAUUCUUAGAACUGGGGUUCUUAGAAGUGGUGAUGCAAGGAGUUUCUAGGAAAGCCCGGAGACCAGGUUUGAAAGACACUUUUGGACUGUGAAUUGAGGCAUUGGACUCAAGAUGGCCUCGCCGGCAGACAGCUGCAUCCAGUUCACCCGCCACGCGAGCGACGUCCUCCUCAAUCUCAACCGCCUUAGAAGCCGCGAUAUCUUGACUGAUGUUGUCAUCAUUGUGAACCGGGAGCAGUUUAGAGCCCACAAAACAGUCCUGAUGGCCUGCAGUGGCCUCUUCUACAGCAUCUUCACUGACCAGCUCAAGUGCAACUUGAAUGUUAUCAACCUGGAUCCUGAAAUUAACCCUGAGGGGUUUUGCAUCCUCUUGGACUUCAUGUACACCUCCCGCCUGAACUUGAGGGAGAACAAUAUCAUGGCUGUGAUGGCCACAGCACUCUACCUGCAGAUGGAGCAUGUGGUUGACACCUGCCGAAGGUUUGUCAAGUCUAGUGAAGCAGAGAUGGUGUCUGCUGUGAAGACCCCAAGGGAAGAGUUUUUGGCUGGACGGAUGCUGGGCCACCCAGAGGUGAUGGCUUAUCGGAGCAGAGAUGUCUCAGAGAACGGCAUGCCUCUUCAAAACGGGUCCCUCUGCAAUGGGAGGGCCUUUGCACCUGGCUUGAUCAACAGUUUGUCUGGAUCCCCCAUUUCCUACCAUGGAUACAGCCCUCUCCCCCUAAAUAGCUUCCUAGUGGAUGAUGAGUUGCGGGAGAUGAGGAUGCCUCUCUCUGAACUCUCAAGGGCAGGUGCCUUCCCCAAGGAGAGGAUCCUGCCGUGCGACAGCUCCAGGACAAUCCCCACUGAGUACGUGAGAACCAUUACCGACAUCUCUGCCAACAUGUGCCACGCUACCAUCUAUGCUCCAAAGGAAGGUGCUGCUGAAGAAGCCAGGAGUGACAUGCACUACAGCGUGGCUUCUGGGCCCAAACCUGUCAUCCCUUCAGUCCGGAACAACCCCUAUUUCCCUUGUGAUAAAGUGGCCAAAGAGGAGGAGCGGACCUCUUCAGAGGACGAGAUCAGCCAGCACUUUGAGCCCACCAACACACCCCUGGACCGCAAGGGGCUCAUCAGCCCUCAGAGCCCACAGAAGUCAGACUGCCAGCCCAACUCACCAACUGAGUCCAGCAGCAGCAAGAACGCCCGCAUCGGUCAGAACUCCAGCUCCCUCUUCACCAAGAGCCCCACAGACCCCAAAGCCUGCAACUGGAAGAAGUACAAGUUCAUUGUCCUCAACUCUCUCAACCAGAACACCAAGCAGGACAGCGCUGACCAGAACGAGAUGGGAACCCUCUCUCCUCGCACCUAUGUGCCCAUGUCCACUUGCCAGCAGUCCAUGGAGCCAGAGCAUCUCAAUGUGCAAUCCCCCACCAAGAUAAGCGUGAAUGGUGAAGACUCUACGAUUCCACAAGCGAGCAGACUCAACAAUAUUGUUAACAGGUCCCGGGAUGGGUCCCCGCGGAGCAGCGAAGGGCAGUCCCCACUGUACAUGCAUUCAUCGAAGUGCAGCUCCUGUGGCUGCCAGUCCCCACAACAUACUGAGAUGUGCCUUCAUACCCCUGGCUCAAACUUUGGAGAAGAGAUGGGGGAAACCCAGUCUGAAUACUCUGACUCCAGCUGCGCCUAUCAAGAAAGUGACCCAUGCACUGUCCAUCUGAUUGCUCCUCUCUCUGCCCUCCCAGAGAACGGAGCCUUCUUCUGCAACGAGUGCGACUGCCGGUUCUCCGAGGAGGCCUCUCUCAAGAGACAUUCUCUGCAAGUCCACAGUGACAAACCCUACAAGUGUGACCGCUGCCAGGCCUCCUUUCGCUACAAGGGGAACCUCGCCAGCCACAAAACCGUCCACACAGGAGAGAAGCCGUACCGCUGCAACAUCUGCGGGGCACAGUUCAACCGACCAGCCAACCUGAAAACCCACACGCGCAUCCACUCUGGGGAGAAACCCUACAAGUGUGAGACCUGCGGGGCCAGAUUUGUCCAGGUGGCUCACCUCCGUGCUCACGUGCUCAUUCACACCGGGGAGAAGCCGUACCCCUGUGAGAUCUGCGGCACACGCUUCCGGCACCUGCAGACCCUCAAAAGUCACCUUCGAAUCCACACAGGAGAGAAACCGUAUCAUUGUGAGAAGUGCAACCUGCAUUUCCGCCACAAAAGCCAGCUGCGGCUCCACCUGCGCCAGAAGCACGGGGCCAUCACCAACACCAAGGUGCAGUACCGCAUCUCGGGCAGCGAGGUGCCUCCGGAGCUCCCCAAGGCCUGCUGAAGGCACAGGAUUUCCCAGGAGGAGGUUGGCUUGGGGGGCAUGGCAGGGAAAAGCUGUCCAAAGGAUACUUGCAACACUUUAAAAGAGAAAAAAACAAAAAAAAAAAAACAAAAAGAAGAGAGAAAAAAAUAUUCAUCACAUGAUGGAGUGCCUCUAAACCCAUAGUACAGAUAGGUGGAAAAACAUUAGAAAUUAAAAAAAAAAAAUUACAAAUACACGGGUUUUAUUUUUCCCAGUUAUGUGAAACAAAAAGAAAAAAUAAAAUUAUUCAGAUCUUACUGUAUAUAAAACAUAAAAUUUAAAAUAGUCAUUUUAAGUGUCUGUGCAGUGGAGUGUUGAUAAACUCUGGAGUCUAACCUUCACAGCCUUUGCCGUUUGAAGAUGAGGAAUGUAAUGUUGAUUCAUGGGAACAGAUUUUUUUCUUUUGUAUGCAAAAUGUGUGUUCUUUUAAAGAGAAAGUAUGCUAUUAAAGAGAGGGCUUUAACUUUUUUAACCAAAGGUGAAGGAAUCUAUGGCAGAGUUGUAAAUAUAUAUAGAUAUAAAUAUAUAAAUAUAUAUAUAAAAUAAAUAUAUAUAGACCUUUAAAAAAGCUAUAUUAAAAAUAUAUAAAAUGCAUUAAAGGCUCAGUUGGACUCUGCAGGCAGAAGCCACUCUGAGAAUCUUUAUUAUGAUAGAGCACUUAAGGAGAUAUUUUAAAGUAUUGCAUCUGUACAAGUAAGAAAAUAUUUUGUCUAAAUGCAUCAGUGUAUUUGUAUUUUUUUGCAAGUGAAGGUUUACAAUUUACAAAACAGUGUGUAUUAAACCAACAAAGCUGCAGAAGGAAUUUAAAAUAAUAAUAAAAUGUAAUUUUUUUGUUCUAGUUCUCAGUCUGUAUAUAUGUAAAAUGUGGUUUCGCACGGUGCCUUUCUUUUCAAUGGAAGUUUUCAGUGUAUGGACUAUAUUGAGCUCAGUUUUUUCAAGGUACAGCCUGAUGUUGCAAAAGGAGUUUUGGUGGAACUCUUAAGUGGGGGAAUGUUUUAUUUUUUUUUUUGUUUUGGAUUUUUUUUUUGUCUUACUUUACAUGCUUGUGUUAUAAACAAUCUCGGGAGACAGGGUUUGGGCUGUGUCUAAACUGCAUUAAUGCGUUCUGUAAAAUAUAGCUGUACAAAUAAAAGAAUAAAAUGAAGAAAAGUGAUGUA